AUGUCGAAAUUCGCGCCUCACCGUCGGUCAAAUAACAAUCCAAGGGCGACCUCUUCGACCAUUUGUCAAAAGUGUCUUGGUACAGGACACUUCAUAUUCGAAUGCAAGUCCACGCGUCCAUACGUAUCCCGUCCCUCGCGGACAGAAAUGCUGGAAAAUCCCAAGUUACUUUCGAAGUUGAAGGCAGACGGAAAGCCUUCAGUCGAAGUGCCGGAGGAAUUUAGGAUAAAGAGUGGAACGGCAAACCGAAUUUUAGAGUCAAAGGAGCAGGAGCGAAAGGCACUCGAAGGAUCCAAAGGGAAAGCCAAAGAGGAAGACCAGAGAACUCGAAAGAAAGCCAGAAGGUUGUUUGGAAUUCAUUUUUUGUGUCGGCGUGGGCUGAUCAUUCAUUAUAAACAGAUCUUCAAGAUCCUCUUCCUCAGAUAG